GAAAAAAGCCAACAUUAUCGGCCAAGUAUCGCAAACCGACCCAUACCACAAGAAAAACAAAAGAAUGUGGUCUCUGAUGUUGUUCAGUAUCUGCGUGAUCGCCUUCUCGUCGACCAGCUCGAUGGAAGCAGACGAAUCUUAUCCGAUUCAUGUCUACAGCAGCCCUCAAACAGGUUAUCCGAAUUUGCGUCCCUUUGUUUUACCUUAUUACAUGGCGGCCAUUCGGCGAUCGGGAGGUAGCGGCAAUCAGUACGGGUAUCGUCAACAAGUUGGUGGUAGGCCUUACGAUUAUCAGCCAACGUAUUAUGCAAUGUAUCCACCUGUUGGUGCGUUAAGCCAAAAUGAUGCGCAACUGUCCGAAAGAGGGCUGCUUGGUUAUCAAGGAGACCAAAAUCUUUACCGGGAAAUGCCAAGCUCAACCAGGUUUUUUAAUGGCAUAGCAAGAGGACCUGAGGGCCCAACUGGUUCACCAGGACCAGCAGGUCCUGCCGGUCUUCCUGGAGCUCCCGGUCUACCCGGUCCUCAAGGACUUGCCGGUGCACCCGGGCCUGCGGGUCCCGCAGGAAAAGACGGUGCUGCCGGUUUACCCGGAGCGGCCGGACUGCCCGGAAAGGACGGAGCUCCUGGAGCGAACGGAACUCCCGGUGAACCUGGAGCCGAAGGUCCAGCCGGAGCGGAUGGCACUCCCGGCGAGCCAGGAGCCGAUGGCGCUCCCGGUGAACCAGGACCAGAGGGCGCUCCCGGUGAACCAGGACCAGAGGGCGCUGCCGGUGAACCAGGAGCGGCCGGCGAGCAAGGACCGCCAGGUGACCAAGGUCCGCAAGGUGAGCAAGGUCCGCAAGGUGAGCCAGGUCCGCAAGGUGAACAAGGUCCGCCAGGUGCGUAAGAUGAGCAAGGUCAGCAAGGAGAACCUGCUCAGCCUAUACAAGGGUCCAUCUUUAAAACCAAACAAAAAUUAUAGAAAACAGAAUGACGAUGGCAAGUUUAGGCGUAUAGUUGGUUUAAUUUCUUUUGAGGAGGGGGGUCUGGUGGAUGGCGGUUUCAAUGCAUCUUUGUUUCAUUGGAUUGGUUUUUUAAUUGAAACGGAAAUACACACAAUAGUUCUUGUUCA